UUAUUUAACAUGAUUCUCGAACGUGUUUUAUGCCUUCUCUGUGCUAAUAAGACCUUUAAAAAUUCUCAUAGCUUACAUAUUCAUCACUCAGCUAUUCAUAUUACAAAAAAGAUUUCAGCAUACAAAGCAAAUGACCAUAUUACAUGUACACUUUGUCCAAAAAAAAAAUAUAAAAGCACUAAAGGUCUUCGUCAACAUGAAACUCUUCGACAUCUUUACUAUAAUACUCCUGCUUCUAAUCUUCUUGAUCUUCCACAACAACAUAUUGAUAGGAUUAAAGAAACUUUAUUUGAUUGGGGUACGCAAAAAUAUCAACAUGGGCAAGAAACACAAGUUGUACUAGUUGGCAAGUUAUUUAAAGAAUCUUUAAAACAAAUGCAACCUCAAAAAACUAAAGAUAAAUGCAAUAAGAAAGAUACUUCACAACUGACUAUUGAAUGGAAAAGAAAGACAAUUAUUGAUAAUACUAAUAAUAAAUCAUUUAGUGGAUAG